AUGGGCUUCGCGGUGACGGCCUGGUGGGUCAUAGUGGAGGUUUCCUGCAGGAUUCUGGGUAUUUCUACGGCAGCAGGUAGGAGACCGCAGGACUGUCAUUGACUGGACACACACAAUCUCUCACACACAGCGGCAGGUAGGAGACAGACUGUAGGCCUGGACUUGAAUAUGAUACUGUGAGACAACCUGCAAUAUUGUAAUCUAUCACAGAGGUUGUGAAAUGUGAGCAUGUGUGUGAGUGUAGAGUUUUAAUGUUGAACCUUAAGGUUUAUCUCCCUCUUGUUCUCUAGUGAGAACAGCAGGCUAAACAAUCUAGACUAAUAUUUACUGUAUAACCCUGCUGUACCAUAUAUAACCGUGUUUUAGUGCUCCUAGAAGGCUUGAGACACAGCGCUCCCUCAGUCUCAGAUUAUAUAUUUACUGCCCUCAUACUAUAUCAUACCAUGUUUCACAUACUUGCUUUGUUUCAGCUACAGUUCACUCUCUACCUCUUGUAAUAUCCCUUAUAGGGUCCGGUAUUUAUAGUAUAAUAUACAUAGGCCUAGGGCUGUGGCGGCCAUGACAUUUUAUCAGCAGGUGAUUGUCAAGCAAAUAACUGCCAUUCUCACAUUAAUUGACCGUGAAUUAACAUAAACACAUUUAGCAUCUCCUGGCUUCCACGCAUAGCCUACAAGCCACUGAUGCAGACCAUUGGAACGUCUACAUUUUCAAAAGUCGAAUAAAUCCAUGUAAUAUAGCCUACAUCAUCACAAUAAAUCCAUUAUUUAUUUCAAACAGGUCUAAAGAAACAUGAUAUGAAGAAAAUGUAGUCUAUUUCAGAAGAACAGAAUAGCAUACUCUGAGUUGUCCUUAUUUUAGGCCCUGAUCUGGCUAUGCCAUAUGGCUGUGGGCUACACUAGUUCAUUUAGCAGACGAGAUUUGCUUAGAAUUCCGUGGCAUUAUUUUAUAUUGUUUUAUAAUAUGAAGAAUACAAUUGUACAUAGCUGAAUAAAACAGAAAGGAUAUUUUCUCCAAACGAUUUGAGGGAGUGCGCACAUGCGGCAAAUCUGUGUUGAGCGGUUAACAAGGAAACAGGUACUCCUAUAAGCUUAAUUUAGAGUUAUUUAUGUAACUUUAGUUGUGAUACAAAUGUUGGGCUAUAUGUUUUGAUGUUCAAUACAUUCUAAGGCUGCAUGAUGCGACUCUAAUGAUGAUUUGAAAAAAGUCGCAUGAAAGGCAUGAGCUCUGCUUUGUUUAUUGCGCAGACUGUACACACUUCAUCAGUCUCUCAUUCACAAUUUUACAAGCGCUUGAUAAUGCCUCGAAUUUCCUGGCUGCAUCCCCUUUGAGUGGCCAUAAUGCCCCCUAAACAAAUCCAUGCCUUUUGCGGCCAGUGACCAGCAUGCCGAAGCACCUCUCACUCACAUGGCUCUCCAUCAAGUGAUCGGGUCUUUCGCACAGGCUACAAGUGAAGACAGACACAUCCGGGACACAACUGCGCGCAUCUUUGUCCAAUUCCGAGGCGCAUAUUGAAGAUAUUGAAAGAACUGUCCACAUUUACUUUUCUUCAGCCAACAAGAUGAGUAGGCCUAAUGAACAGCAAAAGCAUUAGCCUAUGUCAAUCUACUAUCCCCCAUAGUACAAAAGUUGACCUAUUCUAUUCUGUGCGAGAAAUAAAUAUUCCAAACAUUGUCUGGGACAGUUGUGGGAUGCAAUAAAUCCCAAAUUAAUACAACCACUAGCAUCAAAAAAACUCUUUUAAGCAAUGAGCCUGAGGCAACAGAUGAGAACAUUUAACUUAAAAUGUUGAUCAACUAUUAGGCUAUUUCUUCACAUUAUAAGCGCAGCAAUGCGCACACGGCAGUAGGCUAUAAGCGCAAAUGUUCCAUUAGCAGGAAAACACCAUUCUCAAAAGUGUCCACAAAUGUGAUUAUGCAUGUAUUGCUUUUAUUAUAAAGGUGCAUUUUUUUGGUGAGAAUUAUCUUCCCCAAACUUGAAACUCACGCGCUGCAUAUGUAUGCCACUUAGGCUCUACACCAGUUGUAAAGCGGAUUAAUGUGAUUUAUUUUAAAGAAGUUAUUUGGCCACUUUAGUUGUAAAGUGUAAUACAAACCUUAUGAAAACAUAUAGGCCUAUGUGCUAGGCUACAUGAGGUGUUUGCCUUAAGCAGGGCAUCAUUCACAAGUGAUAAUAUAUCAUUCACAAGUGAUAGGGUAAUAUUACAUUUACGUCAUUUAGUAGACGCUCUUAUCCAGAGCGACUUACAGUUAGUGAGUGCAUACAUUAUUUUUAUUUUUUUUCAUACUUGCCUCCCAUGGGAAUCGAACCCACAACCCUGGCAUUGCAAACACCAUCCCUGCCGGCCAUUCCCUCCCCUACCCUGGGCCAAUUGCGCGCCACCCCAUGGGUCUCCCGGUCGUGGCCGGCUACGACAGAGCCUGGAUUCGAACCAGGAUCUCUGGUGGCACAGUUAACACUGCAAUGCAGUGCCUUAGACCACUGCGCCACUCAGGAGGUUAUAUUGUCACCCAUCACACUAUUAUUGAUUUAAUCUUGUCUUUACAUAUACUAAAUAAUAUAUGUGUGAAAUUUGUUUUGAUUUAGAAUGGACCAUUAUCAUGCACCUGUCUCGAAACAGGGGCAGCGGGAAAAAAUUGAUGUAAUCUAUGCACUUAAAUAGCGAAUGGAGGACGCUUUUCACGUGGUUCAUUUUCAUGUCAGUCAGGUAUGCUAUACUCCUGCUGUAAAGAGAAGCAAUGUGCUUAAUAGUAGGAAAGUUGAGAAAUAAAUAUAGUAGGCCUAGCCUAUAGAAAGCUGAUGGGAUCCUCCUCUUUUUAAUAGAGGCAAUCACUCUGUUCUCACGCAAUUGCAUAGCCUAUAGAAAUGUUUAGCAACAUGAGCUCAUGGGCUCUCAUGAAGUGUUUGAUUAGAUUUUCAAUUACAUUUGCAUUGAUGUCAGAGUGAUUAGAGGGACAAUAGAGUGCGGAGUACCAGGCAGUUAGUAAGUUUGUUAGGCUACUAAUGACCAUCAGCAGCAUCAGAGCUUGGAGAAGUCUAAUUACCAUGACUAAACGGUCACGUGAAUUUUGACUGUCAUCAUGUCUUGUGACCACCGUGUGGCGGUAAUACGGUCACCGUAACAGCCCUACAUGGGCCUUUUAUAUGUCUGAGCUGGGUGGUAUGUGUCUAGUUUCAAAUCAUACAGAACUCUUAUCUCCUAGUGUUUUAUUGUCUAAUUUGAUCGUACACUGCCACACAGACACACACACACACACAGACACACACACACAUACCUUUUAGAUCUACAGCGUCCCCUUGAGAAGCCUGUUAUUUUCCACUGGGUCUACUCUACAGGCAAUUCUCCUAACACUCCAUAAAGUCCUAAAAACGAUUUAGCCUUGUUCCCCUGACCUAGACACAUUCCCCUGGUGCAGAUCCCAGCACCACAUUUCUGGUAAAUAGGUCUGACUAAUGGCUUCCACAUGUUAGUAGUGAUCACCGUUUCAACCCUCUUACCUCACACAGAGACACACACACACACACACACACACACACAGAGAGAAACACAUACACACACACAGAGAGACACACACACACAAUAUUUACAGUUUUUCCCAAUUGCUAAAACACAAUUUUGCAAACUAUGCUGGUUUUAUCAAAAUACUUAACACAAUUCACAAAACCACACACCCAAACUGCAAAAUACCUCAUAUAACCUGCAAAAUGAAGCACUGCAACCAAAACUACAUAUAGCAUUAUCAAAAUCAAACGUUUGCACGAAAUGGCACACACUUCAUUCAUAUUACCAGAUUGUUGUCUAACCAACUACACACUGUUGGGCAUAAUGAAAAGCACUCUCAUCUUUAGUAUGCUUUGCCAUAAUACUAAAAUAGUUCAAAUUGUAGAAAUUCUUCAGAUUGUUCACAUGCACAGAAAUAUUUGCAGAUACACACACAUGCUGUUGAAAGAUUUUAUUUUUUAUUGUUCACCAAACAAGUCAGUGCAACGUAUGCACAGCAGAUAUAUUUACAUUAGACUGAACAAAAAUAUGCUCACAAAAAACAGUAAACUGAAAAAGAAAAUUGCAGAAAAAAUGUGGAGAAAAAAUAUAAAGAAAACAAAAAGAGGCAAGAAAAAUAAUGAGUCAGCAUCUUGCCGCACAGCUAGGUCUGGCCACAACGCCUCGUCCACAUCACAGGCAAUAUAUUCCCUUACCAGACAUCGAGGGAAGAAGCGCCUUGAGUGCCUUAUCCAUCCCUGAAUCGCACCCACAUCAAUCUCAUCAUAUGCUUCUUCCAUAGCCUGCACAAGAGGCAUGCGCACAAAGGGCUGCUGGUCGUAUACCUUCCACCGCCAUGCCGAAAAUAACUAUUCUAUGGGGUUCAGAAGUGGUGAGUAUGGUGGGAGGUAUUGCACAAGAAAUGGUGGGUGGGUGGUCAGCAAACCAGUUUUGGACUGGGGCUGCGCGAUGAAAGCUCACGUUGUCCCAUACUACAACGUACCGGGUUCUUUGAUGGUCUGCAUCAUUCAUACGCUCUGGUGGUAUGAGAAUGUUGUGGAGUCUGUCCAGAAAUGUGAGAAUAUGGGCUGUGUUGUAUGGUCCAAGGUUGGCAUGACGGUGGAGGACACCAUGCGUAUUGGAGAUGGCAGCGCACAUUGUGAUGUUCCCACCACGUUGGCCAGGAACAUCUAUAAUGGCUCUGUGGCCAAUUACGUUUCUCCCCCUUCUUCUGGUCUUUGCUAGGUUGAACCCAGCCUCAUCAAUAAAGAUGAAUUCAUGUGGGAUUGCAUGAGCAUCCAUUUCCAGUACUCCCUGAAAACAAAGAACAAAAGCAGUCAAUAUGGUGUUAUCCAGUACACUGGGAAACAAUGUUGCGUGUAGUGUACUGCAGUCAAUAUUGUACUUACAUCCACAUAUGCUCGUCUGACCUCUUUGUUUCGUUGAGAGUUUCUCUCAAACGGCACCUUAUAAAGUUGUUUCAUUCUGAUUUGGUUUCGCUUGAGAAUGCGAGCCAAUGUGGACAGACUGACUCGUUGAAUGUUGUUGAAUAUGGUGUUGUCUUGGAUGAUGUGGCUCUGAAUUUCUUGUAAUCUGAUUUUAUUUGGCCCCUUCCUCCACCAUGGCUGCGUAUCUCAGUCCUUUAGAAAAACAAAAAAACAAAAAUAUAGGGCUUGGACAAUGCAGCCUAAAGAUAUUUCCCCCACAGUAGAGUAAAUUGUACAGGAAACUUGUGCAGUUAGUGUAUGACAUCAGCCAUUCAUGAAGUAAACAGGUGUCACUCAACUGAUACACUAUGACAUGGGGUGUACUACAUAGUGUGAAAGAAAUCUUGGUUACAUACCUGUACUCCAGUCUAAAUGUCCGGAUGACACAGCCGACAGUAAAACGGCUCAAGUUGGGCUGCACUCUCUGUCCAGACUCUCGCAUUGUCAGCCCAUGGUUGAUGACAUGAUCAACUAAGGUUGCUCUGAUUUCAUUUGAAAGUUGUUGUCUUCUUUGGCCAUGAACUCCUCUACCAGCUCUACCCCUACCUCUCACUCUUCCUCCCCCUCUCAUUCUCCCCCUCCCUCUUCCUCUUCCUCUUCCUCUCUCUGCAACAUCUUCCAUUGUUGUUGUAAAACAGAAGGUGCUCACCUGUGGUCUUUUCAUAGUGCUUACUUCCUGAUUGAAGUGGUAACAAUUAACCAUUGAGGUGUUUGGCCAGGUGGCACAUGUAUUGGUCAAUGAGCUCAUGUAGUGUCAUUUUGAAUGGCAGUGUUUUGAAAUGGCAAACGUGACUUUAUGUCAGAUUGUUGUGACUUAUGCAGAGAACCGUGUGCAGUGCAUUAAAAAAGUGCCAUUUUGAAUUGCAAAAUGUGAGUAAAGCAGAACAUGUGUUUAGAUUUUUGGAGACUUGUGUCAGUUUAAAUAAUUGUGCUGUGCAUGUCAUUUUAGUGUGUUAGCAAUUGGAAAAAACUAUAAACCCUUUUAAAGUCACACACACACACCCUAUUAAACCAUUUAAAGUCAUUUAGCCUAUCCUAAACAAACAACCCACAACCCACAAUGUUGACAUAUUGCAGUGGUACCUACUGUACUGCAUAUGCAGAUACAGUACCAGUCAAAAGUUACUCAUUCAAAGGUUUUUCUUUAUUUUUAUUAUUUUCUACAUUGUAAAAUAAUAGUGAAAACAUCAAAAAUAUUAAAUAAUACAUAUGGAGUCAUGUAGUAACCAAAAAAGUGUUAAACAAAUCAAAAAAGUAGCCACCCUUUGCCUUGAUGACAGCUGUCACGUCUGCUCCUCCCCUCCGGCGUGCGACGUCGCCGGAAUACUAACCACAGGUCCUGCCAUCCAUCAUUACACGCACCUGCAGAUCAUUAUGAUUCACACAUGUACUCCAUUACCUUCCUCAUUACCUCCCCUUUAUAUGUCCCUCCCUUAUGUUUAUUCCUCAGUCGUUAUUGUUCAUGUGUUUAUGCUAUAUCGCCACUGUUACGCUGUCUCUUUUCAUGUUUGAUGUUUAAUUAAACGUUUCACCUGCACCUGCUUCUCGACUCACAGCAUCAUUGUUACAGAAUACCGACUCAAACCAUGGAAGCAGCAGGAAAUUCAAAUAUCUCUCAGACGGUCGAUGAACAGGGUUAUCUUCUACAUCAACACCAUGACCAGCUGGCACAACUGGGAUCGGUUGUGGAGGAGGUUCUUCGCAGUGUGCAACGUCUCGAACACACCCAGGAGGCGUUGUCUUCAUCCAGCGGAGGAUACUCUACAACCAGUCGACCCAACGAGCCAGCACAUCAGCCCAUUCAGCAACCCGCUCAUGUCAGCGAUGCCCAUUUAUCCCUCCCGGAUAAAUAUGACGGUACACCAUCAAAAUGCCGUGGCUUCCUACUUCAAUGCGCUCUCUAUUUUUUGCAUCAGAGGGGAACUCCCACAACCGAGAAGUCCAAGGUUCCCACAGAGAUUUCUCUGCUGACUCGGCGGGUGUUGGAGUGGGCUACGGCCUUCUGGGAGAGAGGAGAGGAGGAACUUGAUUAUUAUGAGGGGUUCAUGGCUCUGUUUGUUUAAAUGUAUUUUUGAUCAUUCCCCGGAGGGCAGAGAGGGAGGUGAGCGGCUACUGCAAUUGUGGCAGGAUAACCAGACGGCUGCUGAGUACGCACUCACCUUUCGGACAGUAGCAGCAUCCAGUGGCUGGAAUGAGCCGGCGCUUUGUACACUAUUUAGAAGAGGUUUGUGUGAAGAGGUCCAGACGGAACUGGCCUGUCGAGACGACAACCUCUCCGUGGACGCACUCAUCCGUCUGGAUAACAUACUUCGGGAGCGCCGGUACUCUCAUCACUUCUCUCCCUCCCUCAGUGAACACCCGGAAUCAGAGUCUGAACCCAUGGAGGUAGGGGUCACUCGUCUCCCUGUGGCAGAGCACCGCAGACGGAUACAGCUGGGGCUCUGUCUGUACUGUGGAGAGGGAGGGCACAAGCUCCAGAGGUGUCCGGCAUGUCCGAAUCCAGGAUCCACAAGAGCAGAGGGACGGUCACGUGAUCUUCCAUCCCCUAGGGCAGGAGUGAGUAUUCCAUCUUCAUCACUGUCUACUAGACUCUUUUUGGUGUCCAUUACACUUUCAUGUACUGUGUCUACAGUGUUAGUGGAUUCUGGUGUCUCUGGGAACUUUAUUGACCAGACCCUUGCCUCCUCUCUUAACAUCAACUCAUACCCGCUCUCCUCUCCUUUUCCGGUUCAAGCCCUGGAUAGUCGGCCUUUAGGAUCCGGAUCCGUCACCCACAUCAUUCAACCGCUCACCCUCACCGUGGAGUCCAUUCAUCGGGAGAACAUUCCCUUCUUCAUUACCAGUGCACCAGUCCACAAGAUCAUCCUCGGCGUCCCUUGGCUUCAACGCCACAACCCUACCAUCUCAUGGUCAAGAAUGAGAAUUACAGACUGGUCACUCGAAUGCCGGAGGACCUGCUUCCCUGUCCCCUGUGGUUCCACGUCGGUUGAGAGUGCUGUGGUUGCCCUUCAGCCCAACAUCCCGGAGGUAUACCAGGACCUGUGGGAGGUAUGCUUCAAGACCCACGCCACCUGUCUUCCUCCUCAUCGCCCCUGGGACUGUGCCAUCGACCUGCUUUCAGGUUCUGCGCCUCCGCGCAGACGCAUCUACCCUCUGUCGGUGGCUGAGACCCAGGCCAUGGAGGAUUACUUCCAAGAGGCGCUCCAACAAGGUUUCAUCUGCACGUCCACUUCCUCUGCAUCAGCUGGUUUCUUCUUCGUGGCCAAGAAGGAUGGAGGGUUACUUCCCUGCAUUGACUACAGAGGACUCAUCGAAAUCACCUCAAAGUAUCGGUACCCUCUCCCAUUGGGGCCAUCAGCCACCGAGCAGCUCCGCGGGUCACGGUUCUUUACCAAACUGGACCUGCGGAGUGCAUACAAUCUCAUUCGCAUCCGGGAGGGGGAUGAGUGGAAGGCGGUUAUGCAUGAUGUCUGGUCACUACGAGUACUUGGUAAUGCCAUAUGGCUUAGCCAAUGCUCCGUCAGUGUUCCAGGCAUUCGUUAACGAGGUGUUCAGGGACAUGCUCGGCCGUCAGGUGGUCGUGUAUAUCAAUGACAUCCUGAUCUACUCGGCUACCACAUCAUUCACGUUCGAGCAGUCCUGGAAUGCCUUCUCGCCAACCACCUGUUCGUCAAGGCUGAGAAGUGCCAAUUUCACCAGAGGACGGUGUCCUUCUUAGGCUACCAAAUCAGUCCGCAGGUUGUGAAGAUGGAUGACAAGAAGGUAGAUGCAGUCAGGUCAUGGCCAGUUCCAACCACCUUAAAGGGGUUACAAUGGUUUUUGGGGUUUGCCAACUUCUACUGCUGCUUCAUCAGGAACUUUAGCUCUGUCGCCGCUCCUCUCACCUCUCUCCUUAAAUGAGGGCCCCGUAGGUUGGUGUGGAACCCAGCAGCCGAUGAGGCCUUCUGUCUACUCAAAGGACGUUUCACCUCCGCCUCAGUGAUCAAACACCCAGAUCCCACGACAUCCUUUGUGGUGGAGGUGGCCGCUUCAGAGGUAGGCGUGGGGGCAGUUCUGUCUCAACGACAGGGUAACCCACAGAAGUUGUACUCAUGUGCGUUUUACUCUAAGAAACUGUCCCCUGCAGAGAGGAAAUACGACGUCGGUGAUCGUGAGCUGCUGGCGGUAGAGUUUGCAUUAGAGGAGUGGAGACACCGGCUGGAGGGCGCCAAGGAACCAUUCGUCAUUCUCACCGACCAUCGGAACCUGGAGUACAUACGGACAGUGAGGAGGCUGAAUCUGCGUCAAGCAAGGUGGGCCCUUUUCUUCACAAGGUUUGACUUCACGCUGACCUUUCACCCAGGUUCUAAGAACACCAAGGCCGAUGCGCUGUCCCGUCUCUAUGAUUCAGGGGAGGGUCCUGUCCAGAAUGCGCCCAUAAUUCCAUCCUCCUGAGUCGUAGCUCCUGUGGUCUGGGACGUAGAUGUGGACAUCCGCCAGGCUCUGGAGAGGGAGCCCGCACCCACUAAUUGUCCUCCAGAGCGCAUUUACAUUCCCACAGGAUAAGAGAUUGGCUGCUGACCUGGGCACACACAGCUGUCAUCACUGGACAUCCAGGUAUUUCUCGCACUACCCAAUCCAUCUCUGGGAAAUACUGGUGGCCCACCUUAGCGCAGGACGUCACUCGCUAUAUCAAUUCCAGUUCUGUAUUUGCUCAAACCAAGUUCCCCCUGGAACGCUCCAGCAGGGAAUCUCCUGCCACUUCCCGUGCCUCAGUGACCCUGGUCACAUCUAUCCAUUGACUUUGUAACCGAUCUCCCCUCCUCUGAUGGUUUCACCACCAUUUUGUUUGAAGUGGAUAGAUUUUCUAAGUCCUGUCAUUUAUUCCCUCUUCCAGGUCUCCCCACUGCUCUCCAGGUUUCUGAGACACUCUUCCAGCAGGUCUUCCGGCAUUAUGGCCUUCCGAGGGACAUGGUCUCUGACCGUGGGCCCCAAUUCACAUCACGAGUGUGGAGGGCCUUCAUGGAGAAGCUCGGGGUCACGGUCAGCCUCACUUCUGGGUACCAGCCUCAGUCCAAUGGGCAGGUGGAGAGGAUGAACCAGGAGCUUGGGAGGUUCCUGAGGAGUCACUGUCAGGACCGGCAGGGUGAUUGGGCACGAUUCCUUCCAUGGGCAGAGUACGCCCAGAACUCGCUAAGUCACUCCUCCACCGGGUUGACCCCCUUCCAGUGUGUUCUGGGUUUUCAGCCGGCCCUGGCACCAGGGACCCCGGGACAGACCGAAGCUCCUGCGGUUGAUAAGUGGUUCCGGCGCACAGAAGAGGUGUGGAGCGACGCUCAAGUGAGACUCCAGCGUGCCGUCCAUCGUCAAAAGGAAUGGGCAGACCACCACCGCUGUGAGACCCCUGUGAUCCACCCUGGGGUUCGCAUCUGGCUUUCUACCAGGAACCUCCCACUCCACCUGCCCUGCAAGAAACUGAGCCCCCGGUUUGUGGGGCCAUUCAAGGUUCUCCGGAGGGUCAACGAGGUGACGUGUAGGUUACAGCUGCCCAGUCACUAUCGUAUCUCACCCUCUUUUCAUGUCUCCCUUCUCAGGCCGUUGGUUCCUGGUCCCCUAGCUGAAGUAGUCCCCCACGACACCCCCCCACCCCCCCUGGACAUCGAGGGGAGUCCGGCAUAUGCUGUCAGAUUGCUACUGGACUCCCGGCAUCGUGGGGGUCGGCUCUGCACCUGGUGGACUGGGAGGGGUAUGGCCCAGAGGAGCGGUGUUGGGUUCCGGUGGAUGACAUUCUGGAUCCCAACAUCAUCCGUGAUUUCCACCUUCGCCGCCCGGACCGACCCGCUCCUCAUCCUCGGGGUCGUCCCUCUGGUCGGUGUCAUCCUGCGGCGUGAACCGUGCAUCAGAGGGAGGGUACUGUCAUGUCUGCUCCUCCCCUCCGGCGUGCAACGUCACCGGAAUACUAACCACCAGUCCUGGGAUUCAUCAUUAUGCACACCUGGCAUCCAUCAUAACACGCACCUGCAGAUCAUUAUGAUUCACACCUGGACUCCAUUACCUUCCUCAUUACCUCCUCUUUAUAUGUCCCUCCCUUACGUUUAGUCCUCGGUCGGUAUUGUUCCUGUGUUUAUGCUAUAUUGCCACUGUUACGCUGUCUCGUUUCAUGUUUGUUGUUUUACUAAACGUUUCCCCUGCUUCUCGACUCACAACGUCAUUGUUACAACAGCUUUGCACACUCUUGGCAUUCUCUCAACCAGCUUCAUGAGGUGGUCACCUGUAAUGCAUUUCAAUUAACAGGUGUGCCUUCUUAAAAGUUAAUUUCUGGAAUGUAUUUCCUCCUUAGUGCGUUUGAGCCAAUCAGUUGUGUUAUGACAAGGUAGGUGGGGCAUACAGAAGACAGCCCUAUUUGGUAAAAGACCAAGUCCAUAUUAUGGCAAGAACAGCUCCAAUAAUCCUUGUCGACUAAUCUCCCAGUCCCUGCCGCUGAAAAACAUCCCCACAGCAUGAUGCUGCUACCACCAUGCUUCACCAUAGGGAUGGUUCCAGGUUUCCUCCAGACGUGACGCUUGGCAUUCAGGCCAAAGAGUUAAAUAUUGGUUUCAUCAGACCUGAGAAUCUUGUUUCUCAUGGUCCGAUUCCUUUAGGUGCCUUUUGGCAAACUCCAAGCGUGCUGUCAUGUGCCUUUUACUGAGGUGUGGCUUCCGUCUGGCCACUCUACCAUAAAGGCCUGAUUGGUGGAAUGCUGCAGAGAUGGUUGUCCUUCUGGAAGGUUCUCCCAUCUCCACAGAGGAACUCUGGAGCUCUGUCAGAGUGACCAUCGGGUUCUUGGUAACCUCCCAGACCAAGGCUCAAUUUCGAGACUGAUAACAAAGUUUCUGAAUACUUAUGUAAAUAAGGUAUUUCUGUUUUUAAUUUUCAUACAUUUGCAAACAUUUCUAAAAACGUGUUUUAUCUUUGCCAUUAUAGGAUAUUGUGUGUAGAUUGAUGAGGGAAAAAAUUAUUCAAUCAAUUUUAGAAUAAGGCUGUAACGUAACAAAAUCUGGAAAAAGUCAAGGUGUCUGAAUACUUUCCGAAUGCACUGUAUUUUGAAUUGUUGGAAAUUACAUAUUUUCUGAGAUAUUGUUACAGUUUAGAAGCCGCAGUAUUCUGUGAUACCAGAGGUGGGCAAAAUAUACAUCAAAAUGUAUCUUGUUACAAAUAGAAGAUACUCUAAAGACCAAUGUAUCAAACUAAAACACAAAAUACUUUUGCAAAAAGUAUUGUACUUAGAUAAAAUACAGGUAUAAUAUACAUUUGCAAGUAGACACCGUAGCUACAACAACAUUCUCAGUAACGGUAACAGAAACGUUUUACUUGCUAUAACCAUGAUGUGGUUGUUUAUCUAGCUUAGUUGAAUGCACUAACUGUAAGCCGCUAGGAUAAGAGUCUGCUAAAUGGACAAAACUGUAAAUAUUAAAAUGAACACCUGCAAAGCACACUAGGUAUUAUUCUAAUGAGCUCCGCCCUCAAACAACUUGUAUUUUAAUCCAAUAUGGCCUAGUUUCGGGGGUUGAGCUCAUUAGAAUAAUGGCCAUUGUGCUUUGCAAGUGUUCAUUUUUACAUGUUCGUCAUUUAAACAGUGUUUCCCAACUACAGUCCUCAAGUACCCCCAACAGUAUACAUUUUCGUUGUAGCCCCGGACAAAGACACAGUUGACAAGUUGAAUCAGGUGUGGUUGUUUGGGGCUACAAUAAAAAUGUGUACUGUUGGGGGUACUCGAGGACUGGAGUUGGGAAACACUGAUUUAGCAGACGGUCUUAUCACAUCAUAAUCGCCACCAGUGUUCUGAUACCAAGGCAGCAAAUAUGGGGUGAUAUGGGGCCACAAAAUUGUGAACCGCUAUACAUUAUUUUUAUAGAAAAGUAUUUUGUAUUUCGAAAAUACAAAUUACAGCUCUCUAAAGUAUCUUGUGUCAAAAUACAUUGGAUUGUAUUUCAGGACAGUGAAAAUAAUAAUGACAAAAUACUCAAAAGUAAUUCAAAUUUGUAUUUCAUAUACAUGUAACAGAAAUACUGCCCCUCUCUGAGUGAUACCAAACAUAAUACUAACUUUAUAGCCUCUCUGGUAAGACUUAGGGAAGACAGCUAUGUGUUAACACUGAUAUCUAGUGGCCACUACAUGUACAAACAACCUGUUGGACAAUGGCCUACAGUCAAUUUGGAAUAAAGUACUAGGCAAUAAUUUAUUGGAAAUUCAAUAGUUAAUUUACCAUUCAUCUAAUCUAAAUCAUCAUCACUAUUUUGUUUAAAUGCAAAAUGUGAAGUGUGUGUGUGCUUGUGUGUGCGUGUAUGUAUAACCUGCCACUCUGUCUCCAGUGCUUUGUGCUGUGGGGGUGGAGACGUUACGACAGGGGGAGUUCCACAGUCUGGCCAUCUACUUGCUGUGAGUACUCCGAUUGGAUAGAUACUUCCUGCUUCACUUGGAUAGGUAACUGUAGAUGCAAACCCCUUAUUUAGUCACACAGUAGUCCCUCUAGACCCCCCACUACUUUAAUAAAGGAAAGAAUGUGUGUUUCAGGUCAAUCUGCACUCACAGUGGAAAAAGAGGAGGGUGGCUGGGUGAGGGGUGGUCUAGGGGGGAGGAUGAUGGGGGAGGCAGGGGAGGAAGGGCAGGGCAAGCAAGAGCAAGGGACCUGGGUUACUGUCCUACUUUGUGUUAUCUCUGUGACCUAUGGCCAAACUCCCAUUGAGCAACACGCACUGCGCAGCACAGAAAAACAUCUCCCUGAGGAGUAGAGAAAUGCAAGACUGUUUAUCACAUGUAUCAACAGUAAAGACAGAGUCUUCUGAUAGGAAAUGUCAUGGGGUAUACUCAGUAUGACAUACUCACUUAAGCUGGUCCAUACAGUGGCUUGCGAAAGUAUUCACCCCCCUUGGCAUUUUUCCUAUUUUGUUGCCUUACAACCUGGAAUUAAAACAGAUUUUUUUGGGAGUUGUAUCAUUUGAUUUACACAACAUGCCUACCACUUUGAAGAAGCAACAUAUUUUUAAAUAAAGAAAUAAGACAACAACACAUAAGCUUGGCACAUCCAGCCACUGGGAUUUUUGCCCAUUCUUCAAGGAAAAACUGCUCCAGCUCCUUCAAGUUGGAUGGGUUCCGCUGGUGUACAACAAUCUUUAAGUCAUACCACAGAUUCUCUAUUGGAUUGAGGUCUGGGCUUUGACUAGGCCAUUCCAAGACAUUUAAAUGUUUCCCCUUAAACCACUCGAGUGUUGCUUUAGCAGUAUGUCUAGGGUCAUUGUCCUGCUGGAAGGUGAACCUCCGUCCCAGUCUCAAAUCUCUGGAAGACUGAAACAGGUUUCCCUCAAUAAUUUCCCUGUAUUUAGCGCCAUCCAUCAUUCUGUCAAUUCUGACAAGUUUCCCAGUCCCUGCCGAUGAAAAACAUCCCCACAGCAUGAUGCUGCCACCACCAUACUUCACUGUGGGGAUGGUGUUCUUGGGGUGAUGAGAGGUGUUGGGUUUGCGCCAGACAGCGUUUUCCUUGAUGGCCAACAAGCUCAAUUUUAUGUUUGGGGGGUCUCCCACAUGCCUUUUGGCGAACACCAAACGUGUUUGCUUAUUUUUUUCUUUAAGCAAUGGCUUUUUUUCUGGCCACUCUUCCGUAAAGCCCAGUUCUGUGGAGUGUAUGGCUUAAAGUGGUCCUAUGGACAGACACUCCAAUCUCCGCUGUGGAGCUUUGCAGCUCCUUCAGGGUUAUCUUUGGUCUCUUUGUUGCCUCUCUGAUUAAUGCCCUCAUUGCCUGCACCGUGAGUUUUGGUGGGUGACCCUCUCUUGGCAGGUUUGUUGUGGUGCCAUAUUCUUUCCAUUUUUUUAUAAUGUAUUUAAAGGUGCUCCGUGGGAUGUUCAAAGUUUCUGAUAUUUUUUUUAACCCAACCCUGAUCUGUACUUCUCCACAACUUUGUCCCUGACCUGUUUAGAGAGCUCCUUGGUCUUCAUGGUGCCGCUUGCUUGGUGGUGCCCCUUGCUUAGUGGUGUUGCAGACUCUGGGGCCUUUCAGAACAGGUGUAUAUUUACUGAGAUCAUGUGACACUUAGAUCACACACAGGUGGACUUUAUUUAAAUAAUGAUGUGACUUCUGAAGGUAAUUUGGUUGCACCAGAUCUUAUUUAGGGGCUUCAUAGCAAAGGGGGUGAAUACAUAUGCACGCACCACUUUUCCGUUAUAAAAAAAAAAAAUUGAAACAAGUAAUUUUUUACGUUUCACUUCACCAAUUUGGAAUAUUUUGUGUAUGUCCAUUACAUGAAAUCCAUUUAAAUUACAGGUUGUAAUGCAACAAAAUAGGAAAAACGCCAAGGGGGAUGAAUACUUUUGCAAGGCACUGUAGUUGUCUGAUCACUAGCAUCUAUUUGUUUCUGAGUCUGUUCUCUGAUCUGUGUGUUGAAUCCCUUAGGGUGUCUGGGGCAGGUAUGAUGGUGUUUGAGGUAGCCUACUUCCUAGAUGCCCUUCUGCAGAUGUGUCUGCCGUGAGUACACUACCCAUAAUCUCCAUCAAAAGGCUUUUUCUAAGUGUGCAUCCAAAAUGGUACUUUAUUCUCUGUUUAGUGCACUAUGGGAGCCAAAGAGCCAGAGUGUUGUAUAGGCGGUGUUUCCCAACUCCAGUCUUCCUGUAUCCCCAACAGUUCAUAUUUUUGUUGUGGCCCGGACAAGCACACUUGAUUGUACUUGUCAACUAAUCAUCAAGCCCUUCACAAGUUGAAGCAGUAGUUUUUGUCCAGGGCUACAACAAAAAUGUGUGCUGUUGGGGGUACUCGAGGACCGGAGUUGGGAAAUAGGGUGCCCUUUGCCUUUUGUAAUCAGAACAAAUGUGUGGCUAUUUAUUUUACAAGUGAAGUGAACAACAAAGCUCCUACAUAAAACUGUCUCCAUCUCUGUCCCAUGCUCUCACCCCUCCUCACCUAUCUCCGCUCCUCAUACCCCCUCCUCUCUCUAGUUGCCCCCCAGGGUGGUGUGUGUUUGUGUUGUGGGGAAAGAUGGCUCGUCUUGGAGGCUUCCAGAAGUUCCUCUACUACUCCAUGAUGUCAGUGGCAUGUUUCCUUCACCCUGUGUUAGUGUGGCACGCUAUUAUACCAGGUAACACCACCACCAGGUAACAACAAUACCUAACCAUGGCAUUAUCCUUGCCUAACCAUUACUACUGUUCAGGUAAUACUACAAACGUAUUACAUUUAAUAAAAGGUUAAGGUACUUCACAAACAUUGACACUUGCCCAGCAUUUUAGAGUCAGUUUAAAUUAAAAACGUUUCUCCAGUCUGAAAACGUCUCCUCUUUGAUUCCAGGCACCAUGCUCCUGGUCACAGCCUUCUUCAACUUCAUCCUCAGCAAAAAGACCCAAACAGCGUCCCCUAAAGACCUGGAGAACAAUGUAGGGAUAACGUCUGUGUGUGUGUCUGAGAGAGGAGGGACAGAACACACCUUCUCCUUCCUCCACAUCGCGAUGGGGAAUAGAGGGGCAGGGCUGUCCAUCGUACCCAGGGAGAGUGCCUUGGGAGUGGGGGAGAGAGGAGAGAGCAGCCGGGCCAUGCUGGAGGUAGAGAUGGAGCAGCCAUGGUCAGAGCUGGAGCGAGGGAGGAACAAAUGA